UAAGAAAGUGGGUGAGAGAGAGGGGAUGAGUGAACGUGUCGCGACAUUUGAUCGUAAUGAUCAUGAUAUGGUAUAAAGUGUGUUUCAUAAUUAAGCUGUCAUGUGUACGUGUAUAUUAGAAAGUAUAAGUAAAGUAAUAUUAAAAAUUUGAGAUAGGCAUUAUUACAAUAAAGAAAAUCUCAAAGUAGGAAUACGUAAAAAAUUUGAGGAUGCGAUGCCCGCACGUAGACGACACGUUGGUUACGAGUUAGAAAAUGAUUUUGUGAUUACAAACUUGAACAGUGAAUGGCGAGAUACUGACACGAAGCAGCAAUAUUAUAAUAAAACUCGUAAUGUCGGUGGUUUAGAGGAAAAUCAUUUUAAGCAACGUGAUAUACCACCAUCACCAAUAACUAUGACGGCACGCGAUAGAACUAAUGAAUUUAUUAAUACUAUAAGGACAAUGCAGGAUAGAACAGUCGUUAGAACGACCAACCUGCAAAAUCCAAGAAGAGCGAGGCAAAUGCAAAGCUAUUCCAAUUUUAUGAUGGUUGCUAAGAGUAUCGGAAAGAACAUUGCAAACACUUAUACCAAAUUAGAGAAACUUGCUCUACUUGCUAAAAAGAAAUCUAUAUUUAACGACAGACAAAUGGAAAUCGAAGAAUUAACAAACAUUAUAAAGACGGAUUUAAAAAGUUUAAAUCAUCAAAUAGGGAAGUUACAAGAUAUGGGAAAAAUUCAACGAGAAAGUUUUUCUUCUUCUCAAGGAAAUCAUAUUGCUUCUCAUUCUUCAUCUAUAGUGAUGGCCCUACAAUCAAAACUUGCAAAUAUGUCUAAUCAUUUCAAAAGUGUUCUGGAAGUUCGUUCUGAGAAUAUGAGAGAAGAACAAACCAGAAGACAACAAUUUUCGCAAGGAUCUGUAUCUACUAUGUUACCUCCCAGUGUAGUUUCUGGAAAACAAGGUUCCUUAUUACUUCAAGAACAAGAAUCUAGUUCUUCAGUUGCUAUAGAUCUUGAACCAGCAAUGAGUCAAUUGUCAAUGCAACGAGUUUUACAAGACGAUACGGACGCGUAUGUUCAGUCGCGCGCAGAGACUAUGCAAAAUAUAGAAUCAACAAUAGUCGAACUAGGUGGCAUUUUUCAACAACUGGCUCAUAUGGUUAAAGAACAGGAAGAGAUGGUAGAAAGAAUAGAUAGCAAUAUAGAAGAUACUGAAUUAAAUGUGGAAGCUGCACAUGCUGAAAUCUUAAAAUAUUUUCAAUCAGUAACAAAUAAUAGGUGGUUAAUGAUUAAGAUAUUUGCUGUCCUCAUAUUUUUCUUUAUCUUUUUUGUAGUAUUUUUGGCAUAAGAUUCUUUCAUUUAAGUAUAUCUGUUUACAUUUA